GAGAGGAUGAGAUGCGUUUCCAAAGCCGGGUAUGGUACGAAAAUACUGAAAAUCCAUUAUCUUUGAGCUGCAGUUGUUUGCUUGACUCGUAGUUCUGGAUGUUUCGUUACCUGUGAGAAUCGAGUGUUGAGUGUUGUGCAAGUGAGAUGGAUAAGGUUAAUGCAUUGAAGGACAAAGGAAAUGCCGCCCUACAAGCGGGCAAGCUCGACGAAGCGAUUAAAUGUUAUACCGAUGCAAUAGCACUGGACAAAAACAAUCACGUUUUAUACAGUAACCGUUCAGCAGCGUAUGCAAAAGCAGGAAAGUACUCUCAGGCACUGGAAGAUGCGGAAAGAACUGUGGAAUUGAAACCUGAUUGGGCUAAGGGUUACAGCAGGAAAGGAUCUGCUUUAGCAUAUCUGGGCCGUCUAGCUGAGUCUGUUAAAGCAUAUGAAGAGGGUCUGAAGAAAGAACCUGACAAUGCCCAGUUAAAGAAAGACUUGGAAGAUGUAAAAGCUCAACAGUUUGCUGAGAAGGGGAUGGCAAACCCAUUUAGGAUGCCAGAUUUAUUUAUUAAAUUGAGAAGUGAUCCUCGUACUCGAGCAUAUUUGGAAGAUCCUGAUUAUGUGAAAUUGAUAAAUGAACUGCAGAAUAAUCCAAAUAGCCUAGGGACCCAUUUACAUGAUACCCGAAUUUUAACAACACUAAGUGUUUUACUUGGAUUAAACAUUGAUCCUCAUGGAGAUGAAGAAAUGGAAACUGAACCAAUACCCCCUAAACCCGAAACACCAAAACACCACUCACAAUCGAAUACAAAACCGAAAGAAGAGAAGACAAAAGAAAAUCUCUCUGAAAGUCAAAUAAAAGCACGGAAAGAAAAAGAUCUUGGAAAUGAAGCGUACAAGAAGAAAAAGUUUGAAGAGGCUUUGAACCAUUAUAACAAAGCAGUUGAACUGGAUCCAACUGAUAUGACCUUUCUUAAUAACAUAGCAGCUGUCUAUUUUGAACAAAAGGAGUAUAAAAAAUGCAUUGAACAGUGUGAAAAGGCUAUUGAAAUUGGGAGAGAAAAUAGGGCUGAUUUUAAAUUGAUUGCCAAAGCCUUUACCAGAAUUGGGAACGCCCACAAAAAACUUGGGGACCUGUACAGUGCAAAAACUGCAUUUGAGAAAUCCAUGUCGGAGUUCAGGAACCCUGAGGUGAAGGCUUUGCUUUCAAAUGUGGAGAGAGAGAUAAAAGAAUUAGAGCGAAAGGCAUACAUUGAUCCAGCUAAAGCUGAAGAAGAGAAGGAGAAAGGAAAUGAACUCUUCAAAAAUGGCAAUUAUGCAGAAGCUGUCAAACACUACACAGAGGCAAUAAAGCGGAAUCCUGAUGAUCCAAAACUAUACAGCAACCGUGCCGCAUGUUACACAAAACUUGCUGCGUUUGACUUGGGACUAAAAGACUGUGAGAAAUGUCUUGAAUUGGAUCCAAAGUUCACUCGAGGUUGGAUAAGAAAAGGCAAAAUUCUGCAGGGAAUGCAGCAACCUGGCAAAGCCAUCUCAGCAUACCAAAAAGCAUUGGAACUAGAUCCAUCAAAUGCUGAAGCUAUUGAUGGCUACAGAACCUGUACAAUGGCAGUAAACUCAAAUCCAGAAGAAGUUCGUAAGAGGGCAAUGGCUGAUCCUGAAAUACAAGCUAUUAUGCGAGAUCCAGCCAUGAGAGUUAUUUUAGAGCAAAUGCAGAAUGAUCCGAAAGCUCUUGCAGAGCAUUUGCAAAAUCCUGAAAUUGCCUCAAAGAUUCAGAAGCUGUUGGAAUCAGGAUUGAUUGCUAUUCGUUGAUGUAACGAGAGAGACUAAUUUGCUCUGACUCAUCCGUUUGAUCUGCACAGGUGUUGUAACAUCACCAGCGCUCAGUCAUCUUCGCCUGAAUUGUGUGCAUUUAUUGGCAAAUAAUGUAAUUCUUGUAUUGUCUAUGUUUCAUUGUAUUUUUAUAUUCAGGAUGUGUUAUUUAGACGACUGAUGAAUGUUUAGAAAGCCAUUUGACUAUUUGUUUUACUGCCAGGUGCACAGAUAAUUUGUUACAAGCUAACAGAAGACAAUGAUAGUGUUUAAUGACACUAGGAGAAGUUUUUUGAUUUGUUAGUGAAACAGAGAUGUUAUGUGAACUUUAAUUCCUACUGACACCGUAAAUUAUUGGCAUUAUUAUGUGACUGUUGAAAGUGCUAAUUACUGUAUUCUUUCAGAAUACAAAAUAAAAUUUAUAGGGGCAUAUGUUCCAUGAAGGAGAUAAGCCCUUUACAUUAUCUGUAGUAAGUUUUUAUCAAAUUUUUGUAAUGCGAAUGAGUUCAUUGCUUCCUAUGUCCAUCAGUUCAGUAUUGGAGACAAGUAACAAUGGUCUUAGUCUCAUGGCACACCAUUUAUGACAAUUUAUUAAAUAAAUUACUGUUUAUGAUAAGAA